UACUUCAUAAAUAGCCGGCCAUCGGAAGAGUACGAUACAUCUAUCUUGUGUCCUGGCUGUGGAACUUUAUUCCUUUGACAAGAUUAUUAAUAAAAUUGAUGAAACUCUGUGGUUUAUUUUUUAAAAAGUGACUUAUUUUUGAGCGCGACAUUGUUUUUUUUUAGAAGUACCUAAAUCAUUUUAAAUUUGAAUUGAGAAAAUGUGCGCGUUUCCUUGAGAUUGAUGUCUUGUGCGAUGUGGGACAUUUUAAUCGAUAAUAUUUUGUUUUGUUAUCGUGAUAAACUUUAUUGGACUUAUUUUUGUGUUUCUUGACAUAGUAUAUCAGGAAUAAAUUUCUGAGUUGAAUGAAGAUGUCGCCUAAGCCGAAACAUAAUACAAGCUCUAAUUCCUCCCCGAGCGCUGAGCGACGGGAGCAUUUAUACAAGAUCCUGGUCAUCGGGGAGUUGGGGACGGGGAAGACGUCCAUCAUCAAGAGAUACGUGCACCAGUUCUUCAGUCAGCAUUACAGGGCCACUAUAGGCGUGGAUUUCGCUCUGAAAGUACUGAAUUGGGACGCGAACACUAUCAUACGCUUGCAGUUAUGGGAUAUCGCAGGUCAGGAGCGUUUCGGCAACAUGACCAGGGUGUACUACAAGGAGGCGGUGGGCGCGUUCAUAGUGUUCGACGUGUCUCGCGUGGCCACAUUCGACGCGGUGGUCAAGUGGAAGAAUGACCUGGACGCGAAGGUCCAAUUGCCGGACGGGUCGCCAAUACCGUGCAUACUGUUGGCUAAUAAGUGUGACCAACAAAAGGAGGGCAUAGUGAACUCUCCCGCCAAAAUGGACGAGUACUGCCGGGAGAAGGGCUUCGCUGGAUGGUUCGAGACCUCCGCCAAGGAGAACAUCAAUAUAGAGGAGGCGGCUAGAUCGUUAGUCAAUAAGAUUCUGCUAAAUGACAAACUCCUACAAAGUAACGACAGCAAAGAUUCCGAGCGGUUCGCGCUUGACCACAAAAUCGCUAACGGCGAGAACAGCCGCGCCGGAGGCAGCAAGGCGUGCUCGUGCUGACCCAUCCUCACCCUGGACAAUGCUUACCAUGAGCCUUCGAGGCUGGUCUGACGGCAAUGACAAAUGUUGGGCACAAGGGCUUACGUCGAAGCGCUUUGAUGAUGAGAUUUGAGUCCAAAAUUAUGUUCGAAUUUUUAAUUUUUAUAGAAAGGUUGAUUCGGUGUUCAUUUUGUGUCGAUUCGUCCUAUUGUGUGAAAAUGAAUAUAUUUUAAUUAAAAUCAAAUUGUAAGAAAAAAAUGAUUUCAAAGAUUCUAUUUUUAUUUUUAAAUAAUUACUUCUAUUUUGGUUAAUUGUGAAAAGGAUAAUAAAAAUUUAUUUCAAAUUAACUUAAAAAAAUGCUUACUACUUAAAUAAAAAUCCAUUUCUGUACCAUACUGUUAAUUAUUCUAUCGUCUUUUACCUCUUCUGAAAAUGUUCAUUAAGUAAUUUAUGUUCUUGACUUUAAAUACAAAAAAUAAAAACCAAGAAAGUAAAAAUGAUUAUUGGAAAUUAUAAGAAAUUUUUAUAGUUAGAAAAAGUUAUGAAUAGGACGAACAGUCAUAGGGUGAAUACGGAAUAGUCCGUUGAUCGUUAUUACUAUAAUAAUUAGUUGCGUUGUAAACCAUUUUUUUUUUGCUGUUUCAGACUCU